GUAUAGUCUUGGACUUUGAAUUAUUCCCGCAUUAUUUUCUGCCUACAUUUUUUCUCUCAGAAGUUUUGAUAUCUUAUAUUGCUAUAUAAAAAAUUAUGCAACAUUUCUAAGUGUGAUUUCCUUUUAACAUGUCACUUAUGACAAUUCUCGCACUACUGUUGUUGUUGCUAAUGCGACUUGGAAUAAGCUUGGCUGAUGCACCAAAUCAAUGUCCCUUCAAGCUCAACUGUACACAUAACAGGAAGAUUCUUGAAUUUCCUACUCAUCCAACCCCUUUGAAACUCAUCAUCACUGACAUUAAUUAUAGAUUCCGACAGGCAUAUCUAUCUGAUCCUGGAAACUGUCUAUCACAACUCUUACUUGACCACAAUUUUUCAUCAGUUUUCCCUUUUAAUAUCUCUCAUUUCCCCGAAUUACCUGAACCUUACAACAUUAGUUUCUUUAAUUGUUCUUCAGUAUUACAACUCAGACAAGACUAUCUAUAUCUAAUGAACCGUAGGCCACUAGAUUUGAAAUCUUGUCCAAUUUAUGUAGCUGAUUCAAAUUUCGAUGGUAUAGUUCAAUCUGACUUAGUAUACUGCACCAAAAUGUUUGAUCGUGUUUUUUUAUAUGAUGCAUAUAGUAUUGGAUCCAACAUGCUCUCAUGGACAUGGUCUGGAACAAAUUUUGACAUAGGAUGCUUGAAAUGUCAACAUAAAUCAAACAAGAAGUUAAUAUUCAUUGUUUUAAUCUCUAUAGGUGUAAUAAUCGGCUCCACUUUGCUAGUCCUUGUACUCGCUGCUAUUGUUCGAAUUCAUCGCCAUUUCAAGAUGAAAGGCGAAGAUCAUACAAGAAUCGAAAAGUUUUUGAAGGAUUACAAGGCAUUAAAUCCAACAAGAUUCUCCUAUGCUGACAUAAAGAGAAUCACGGAUAAGUUUAAGGAGAAAUUAGGCGAAGGAGCUCAUGGGGCUGUUUACAAAGGUAAAUUAUCAAACCAAAUUUUGGUUGCGGUUAAGAUGCUCAAUAACGCCGAGGGAGAUGGAAGCGAGUUCAUAAAUGAAGUCGGAACCAUGGGAAAAAUCCACCAUCUCAAUGUCGUUCGUUUGCUUGGCUUUUGUGCAGAUGGAUUUCAUCGCGCUCUAGUAUAUGACUUUUUUCCAAAUGGAUCAUUGCAGAAAUUCAUUUCUCCCCCUAACAACAAAGACAGUUUCCUUGGAUGGAAUAAGUUACAACAAAUUGCUUUAGGUAUAGCGAACGGGAUUGAAUAUCUUCAUCAGGGUUGUGAUCAAAGAAUUCUUCACUUUGACAUUAAUCCACAUAAUGUACUAAUUGAUGACAAUUUCAACCCAAAAAUUACAGACUUUGGUUUGGCUAAGAUGUACUCGAAAAAUCAAAGUGUUGUAUCUAUGACGGCCGCUAGAGGAACAUUAGGAUACAUGGCACCUGAAGUUUUUUCUAGAAAUUUCGGAAAUGUAUCUUAUAAGUCUGAUAUAUAUAGCUAUGGUAUGUUGUUGUUAGAGAUAGUUGGAGGAAGAAAGAAUAUAAAAACAACUACAAAUGAAGACGAUUUUCAAGUUCUAUAUCCCGAUUGGAUCCACGGUUUGCUUGAAGGCGGAGAUAUACAAAUCCCUAUAGAUGAAGAAGGAGAUUUUGGAAUUGCGAAAAAAUUGGCAAUUGUUGGACUUUGGUGCAUUCAGUGGCAACCUAUGCACCGUCCGAGUAUGAAAACUGUGAUGCAAAUGCUGCAAGGAGAUGGAGACAAGUUGAAAGUUCCAUCCAACCCUUUUGGACCUACAAGUUCAGCAGAUAUAACUACAAAUAAUGUUGCAGCAGGAUAUAGGAAUUUGGAUCUUGAAGUGAUUGAAGAAAUGUUUUGAUUGUAUGAAUAAAUUUAUAUUGUUAAUUGGUUUUUCACUUUUUAGCAGAGUACUUAAUUAUGGUUUGUAAAUUUAUUUAUAUGAAAUACUCAUGUUAGAAUACCAAACAGAAAAAAUAGUCAGGACUGUAAAAUGCUUAUUCAGCUCAUAGUUUGUUGACUAGGCCAAACAACAUAGGU